AUGCAAAAAAGAAAACUAAUACUUGUUUUGAUUUAAACUGACAUAGCUGUGAUCCUUACAGGUUUCUACAGCUUAGGUUAAGGUACAUUCUUAUUGUCGGUAUAAAUUGGAGAAACAAUUUAACAUUAUUUUUUUGGUCCAAGAAUCUUAGAAUAAGAACUCUUAAAAGAAAUGUUAUGCUUGCAAGUGGGAAACUAAAGUCUCCAUUUCAGGUAAUCUAAAUAACUCUGAAUAUAGACUUCUUUUCUGUUUUUAAAAUAUUUCAGAAUCAACUCUUCAAAAAUGUGGAACAAACAAAUACAGAGAAUGAUGCUAAAUUGAAUAGAAAAAUUUAAUCAAACCCUCAGAUAAACAAUUAUUAGUAUGAAAUCAUCGAUUUACUUAUACCUGCAUAGUUUUUUGACUCACAAAUCCAAGAAUAAAAAGCCAAAUUAGAUUGUCAUUCAGAUUAUGUUACUUCAAUCUGUUACUCCCUGAUGGAAAUACAUUAGCUUCUGGUAGUUAUGAUAACUCUAUCCGUCUUUGGAAUAUAAAAACAUCGGAAAGGAAAUACUUAAAUCCUAAUUGCCAAAUGGUAUUAAAUAUUUAUUAUGAUUUAGUUAAUCCUGA